CAUGGGGGGGACAUAAUGACCCCCCUGGGCGAUAUGCUGCGAUGCCUGCUGAACGACCGGAAUUCCCACGGGCGUAUGGAUACACACUGCGUCCUGAAGAGUCCGUCCCCCAAUGACUUCCUGAAGACUCCCCCACAGCCCCUCACGGGGGUCCGCCAUGACAUGACCUCACCCAGAGGCUUCCUCAGCACCCUGCACCGGGCGUCCCCCAUGGAGAGGGAGAGGAGAAGGAUCCUGUCUGUGGAGCUGAGAGACAUUGGCCAUGAGGUGGAGCAUCUUCAGGUGCAGAUGCCAGAGUUUGAGGGGAGAUGGAGCUCUACCGCUGUGUGUGAAGAUCGGGGGCACAGGACCUCCCCUAUGGACCCUUCUUCUCCAGGUAUUGCUCCUCCUCCGACCAUCAUGCCCAUCUCCACAGAGGACUCUGCUUUAACCCUGUGUCGGCCGCCACUGAUGUCGCCUCCUAAGGAGGAGUCCGGAUGGGGGCUGCUUCCGCUAUUCAACAGUGUGCGUUCCAAGUUGGAGAGCUUUGCUGAAAUCUUUCUCACCCCAGUGAAGAGUCAAAGGGGUCUCCGAAACUCUGAGGCCGGGGCUGGUAAGACACAUCAGCCGGAGUGUUCUGUGCCCAGGGACCCUGUCCAGCCUUACACCCCGUCCCCAGAAUGCCACCACCUUAGUAAUGUCUCUUCUGUCUGGGCAGCAGAGGACAAUCCACCCUCCCAGAGAACUCCUCCGACUCUUAGACUGCAGACAGAGACAUCCUCCAUAUUGUGCCGUCCUCCACUCCAGCGCCAUCUGUCCUGCCCCUUACUGCCCGUUAUACAGCACAAGCGGAGGCACAGUGUGGAUACAGCAGAGCCGCCCACCGAGCCUUGUAGCUGCAGGAGGAGGCGGCAUAGCCUUGGAUCGGUGGAAGAGUGUCGGAGCCUGAUGCCAUUCUCCUUGUCCUGCCUACGAAAGGAGAAUCAUCCGUCUGUCCUAAAACUAUCGCCAUUCCAGCCAAAUGGUGAGGGGUCUUCUGCCGUCCUUUGCUUGGACCAGGAUAGAGAGCAGGGCCACAGUGGAGCCGAGCACCAGGUAACAAGGGAAUCUAUUCCAGAUUCUGACUAUAAGACCCCAGAAAAUCUAUCCCGUUCCAAAGAGAAUAAAGUGUCCAACAUCCAGAUCAGGAAGAGGGCGCAACGGCAGGAGGGGAAUCUGACGCCUCUGGGUCUCCCCAAACGUGUGCGGCUGCAGAAAGAAGACUUCAGUCUGGAGGAGAUAUACACCAAUAAGAACUACCGCACCCCCACCGAGAAACGAAAAUUUGAGACAAUAUUUGAAGAGCCGAUAAUGAAGGGCGACACAUUGAUCCUCACCAGCCAGCGCCCGCUGCGGCGGAUUAUGGUCUUUAAGGAAGGGGGCGCUGCUCCACGCAAGCGGAAGAAGAAAGGGAAAGCAGCGGGUCGCACCCGGAGAUGGACGGACACCGGCACAGGAGAAAACGUCAACUAUGAACUAUUACUGCAGCACAAGCUCAAGCAACUGGACGCUGCUCUGCAAGAAGACCCGCCCGGUCUGUGAGCGGGGCCCGGUCUGUGAGCGGGGCCCGGUCUGUGAGCGGGGCCCGGUCUGUGAGCGGGGCCCGGUCUGUGAGCGGGGCCCGGUCUGUGAGCGGGGCCCGGUCUGUGAGCGGGGCCCGGUCUGUGAGCGGGGCCCGGUCUGUGAGUCUGUCUGCCCUUGUGUGUAACCACCAAUAAAAGACUUAAAUAUAA